UUACACCAAUAUCACAUCAAUAUGUUCUUUCGCUGGACGGUUCCGGACUAUGAAGUCGACGGUCCCCUUGCCCUGGCUUGGGCAGUGCUUUUAGUCGCCGCGCUCGUUCUCGAUCCCACUCCGGAGUCGAUGCUUUCCGUCAUUGCCAGCGGGCUACUGUCCGUUGUCGUUGGAGCUUUAUGUGCCAUCCUUUGCAUAACGACGAUCCUCCCUACAUUCAGGUGGGAUUGUCGCUACCGCUCCGCCCAGUCUCGCAUAUUCUACGGCAUCGCUCGGUUCUUCCACGGGCAGAUGCGAGGCUUACUGCUUCGUCUCGCCAACUCUAGCGCCAGAGCACAACACGCCACAUCCACCUACUUGGUGACGACACCCCUUUCCGCACUCCUUCGUAGUUGGAACAAGCUGCUGCGCCUUGGAAUUUCGCACAUGCAACCUAUGCCGAAGUGGGAAGACAUGGACCAACUCGCCAUCGCUCCGAUCGCCAACAUACUCGAGAGAGAAGCACUCCAAUGGUUCUACUCUUUCCAUGCGGAGUGCUCGGCUAUGUUGCUUAAGCCUCUUGAGCUCAAGGAUAUCGAAUUCGUGGACAUCAUUCUCUCUGAUCUCCACCCCGUCGAGGCCGCGCGCUUCUUUGACUGCGUUGACAACCCCCCACGUGGCCACCUACCUGUCCAAACACUGGUGGCCAACCUCUCGGACCUUCCCGAGGUGUACUCAACUGUCCUUAGGCCAGUUCUUUGGGCGCUACGGAACUUGUACACCAUCGCUCUCCCGUGGAGGGAUGAGGAAUGGGACGAGGCUGCGCGAUCUCUCCUUAGGCGGCUGCCUCACGAGACGGGCAAGAUUUCGGACGCGGACAUAGUGUUCUACGUGGAGACGCUAUACAAAGCUGCGUGCGGAGUACCUGGUCCGGCGAGGGACGCGGCUUGGGAUAAGCUAACCUCCCUGGUCAAGCAAGAGGCCGCAGCACGGUGCUCAGAUGUGGUGCUUUUUCGGUGCAUGACAGCCGUCGGUUUCUAUGCCGGACCUCCUAAAAACGGAGCAGUUAUCCACAGCCUCGAAUCCCUCAAACGCUUUUUCCUUUCCAUCGAAAUCACGCUGCAUUGCAUCGU